UUAGCAGCCUUUCCUUCCUCAAACAACCAGCGUGUGUGUUUGUGUGUGUUAGUAUGUGUGUUUUAUGUGGACUUUCCUGUUUUUGGAUUUGAUUGUGGUUGUGUGAGAGGCGGCCACAUGGGGCCCUGGCCCUACCCAGUAUGCCAGCUGCAGCAUUGAAGCCCACUCAGGAGGACAUGGUGGCAGAGGGAGGGGGCGAAGGAGAGCGCGGCACGGCCCAGUGGGAGGCCUCGGGGUCGGGCCGGGAGCGGCUCUCUCUGCCCUCUCUGAAGGUCCCCAGGGAGCUGCUGCGGAGCUUUCCCCACUCCAAACGUGUGGGGUCCUACCUGGUGGGGAAAAUGAUCAACAAGGGGUCGUUUGCCAAAGUGAUGGAGGGGCUGCACAUCGGCACGGGUGAAAAGGUGGCCAUUAAGGUGAUUGACAAGAAAAAAGCGCGGCAGGACUCUUACGUGCUGAAGAACAUGAAGAGAGAACCUCGAAUUCAUCAGAUGGUCCGACAUCCUCACAUCGUGGUCCUGCUGGAGACUCUGGAGACUGAAAACAGCUACUACAUGGCCAUGGAGCUCUGUGCUGGAGGAGACCUGAUGGACAGGAUCUGUGAGAGGAAGAGGCUGGAGGAGAGGGAGGUGCGGCGCUACACCCGUCAGAUCCUUUCUGCAGUGGAACAUCUGCACAAACACGGCGUAGUACACAGAGAUUUAAAGAUUGAGAACUUCCUGCUGGACGAACACAACAACAUAAAGAUUGUGGACUUUGGCCUGAGUAACACUCUGAAGGCUGAAUCUUUGUCUCUGGAGCUCCUCAACACCCAGUGUGGAAGUCCUGCCUACGCGGCCCCUGAGCUGCUGGCUCACAGGAAGUAUGGACCCAAAGUGGACGUCUGGUCCGUAGGUGUGAGUAUGUUUGCCAUGCUGACGGGGACUCUACCUUUCACUGUGGAGCCUUUCAACAUCAAACAGCUGCACCAGAAGAUGGUCAAUGGAGAGAUCAGCAGCAUCCCCAGUGACGUCAGCAAAGGUGCGGUUGCGUUUGUGUUGUCUCUCCUGGAGCCGGACCCAGCCAAGAGACCGAGUGUCAGAGCUGCGAUGGAGGAGAAAUGGAUCAACGAGGGAUAUGCCAAGAAACCACUACACACACUCAAUCAUAAGAACAGGUUGUGUCCAGAAGAUCUUAACUCAUCUGUGCUGGCAUACAUGACAGAGACGCUGGGCUACUCCCUCUCUGAAAUCAUACACACGCUCACCAUCAACCGACCGUCCGCCAUCAUGGCCUCCUAUCACCUGCUGCUCAACAAGCUCAGCAGGAGCCAGAAGGGAACCAAGGCCAGCAAGAAGAUGGAGAUCAAUGACUGGAGUCUUCCAAGCAAGAAUACAUGGAGAGAGAGGCAUAACACUGACUCAAAGACUCAGCAACAGAAUGAACUGACCAAUGAAAAAAGCUCAAAGCAGUCCAGCAGACCACUGAGAGCCCAGCAGACAACUGAAUGUCAGAGCAGCAGGAAGAGGCCUGAGGAUCUGCACAGAAAGGACCACAGAGAAGACGCAGAGAACCGUCCACCGUCCCCAUCUCUACCACAGCUUCCUCACUCUGCCUCCCCUUCAGCCCCCCCUCGCCUUCCCUCCCCGUGCCCCGCCCCUCUGUCUGCGGAGGAUGGAGCCACAGAUGAGGAGAUCGCCAUCACCUUGGACACCAGAGAGACACUGUUUCCUGAAGUGUCUGUGUUUGGAGACAGAGAACUCGUCCAUCUAUCUCCUCCUAAAAGCUCCGCGUCUCAACUCUGUGACUCCGCCCCUUGCCAAGUCCCCUUACCCGCUGAGCCAAUCAGAGACAGCAGCACGUCGAGGCUGAUCCGACACACACACCUGCUCAGGACGACACAAUCAGACGGGGCGGCAGACCCUGGAUCAGACUGCUUCCAUGACACCCGUCACCAGGACGACCACUCUCAUCACCUGAGCAUCAACGAGCGUUUGGAGAAGCUGCAGACGUUUUAUUCCUCAGAGAAGAACGGCAUCUCUCCCAGAAUGCUCCUGGAGGCCGACGCACACAUCACCCACCCCUCCGACAGAGACCACCUAGGAGCCAUGGAGAGGACACAGACGUCACCCUCUGCCCCACUGCCUCGCCUUCGCAACGUGGGGCUAAAAGACGGAAGAGGCAGGAAGAUGACAUGGGUGGGGUUGACCCGACCUGGGCCCCCAGGACUCCUGGUCAACGGGUCUAAACCCCCUGCCUUCCCCUCGCAGAGACAACAUACUUUGGUCAUUAAGAGCCUCAGGCAGGAGAGGGGCAAGAGAAAAGAUCUGUCGGCAGCGGGAGGGGGAAGCGGGGAGAGGGGGACAGCAGGAGGAGGGCUGAACGGGACAAAGAGGAACUCAGUUCAGUUACGUUCAUCUCUCCAGCGUCGGGUGGCAGACCUGAAUCUGCCGCUGCUUCCUGCAGCCCUGCAGGGGAAGACAGAUAGGAAGAACCAGCUACACAGCAUGGACUACUGAUAGACAGAUGAUAGUGAUAGUGAUAGUGGCCAGGAAAAAGUGCAACAACAAGAGAAGAUAGACCUGAGGUUAGUGACACGUUUAGAAAGAUUAGCAGUUAAGAAAUACUGGUCGGUGUUGAAAUGGGGCAAGAUUAAAGGGGUAGUUCAGAUUUUUUGAAGUAGGGUUGUAUGAGGUACCUAUACCUAUACCUGUAGUAGAUGACGAUUGGCAUGUCCCCAGUUAGGAGAAGUGAGAGGACCUGUUCGGUGUACACAGUGUACUGCUGUGAACGGGAGCAGCAGCAAAAUGUAUUUGAGCCACCUGAAAAGACUGAAGGCGUUCUAUGCUCUCUCCAAAGAUACCAGACCCCACUGACACUUAUUUUACCUUCCAAUCCUCACUACAAAAGAUCUGACUAAUAACUAUCAAACUAUCCCUUUCAGUUGAAUAGAAGAGAAGUAGAAUAAGAGAUGGAUGGUAUGAAAUACUGAGUAAAGACAGGGCGGCAGUUUAGAACUGUGCAUAUCUAUAUUGAGGAAUAGGUGUAAAAGGCAGCUACAAAAAAUGCUAAAGCUAUUAUUCUCUACUGAUGCAUAUUCAUGCAUUGCUUACUAACAGGACUUCCAAGCUAACAGCAAACAGUACACAUUGUUUAAAUGCUACAGUGCCAAAAAUUCUAAUUUUCAGCUCAUUCAUUUUAAUUCAGCCUUUGGAAGCAAAGUUUUGGUCUAACUAUUGUUAAAUAUCAUCUCUGGAAUUACAAUCUCCACCCAUCACAAUGUGAAGUGCAGAAUGCACACAGACGUAUGUUCUAUUUGUAUUCAUUGUUCUUAAAUACAUUUUUGUACCAACACUAAAAGUCAGUAAAAACAGCU